AUGUGCAAAGUUGCAAAAGGCUGCCGGCUAGACCAGAGGAAGAAGUUGUGGACUCAGACCUUCCAAGGUUGCGAGUGGACGGAUGGAACUGCCACUGGCGGAAAGGAAGAUGCAAGUUUUCUGUCCUUUCUUUCCGUGAUGGUGGAGUGGCACCUGAGUGGUCGUUUUUUUCCCCUUCUUUCAGAUUCUCCAUCGGUCUUGAGGGUUGGUCUCCACUUCCGAGCCAAUCAGGUCGAUUCAGCCAAUCAGGCUACUUUUGGUCUGGAUGCAGCCCCAGCAGAGGGGGAGAGCAGGUGCCAGGUGCAGGGCAUGCUGCACGCACCACACCUCAGGCUUCCAAUGUUGCAGGCCAGGCCACCACCACCAAUUUUCUGA